AUGGCAUCAGCUCCCGCCUCGCCUCUCGCGGCAAAUCCGACACUAGCCAUGGACAUUCUUGCCCGGUUCCCAGCCGAAAUUAUCGCUCGCGUUGUGGAUAAUCUCCAUCCAAGUCUCAUCUACUUUCAUCUCUUCGCCGAGCCGAGGAGUAGCCUCGUCCAAUCAUCCUCAGAACAAUGCCAGCGAGUAAGAGAGGUUUGUAUCUCGCACAAUGUCAAGUUCGGCUGCAUGGACAUUCUUACUUAUGCCGUUUCGUCUAACGACAAGGAAACCGUGGAGCAAAUGCUUAAGGAGGCUUCGACGAACUCCAAAACGUCUGAGAGAAAAGGCACGGUUGUGAAGCACGCACCGCGAUCCCUAUGGAAGACAUGGCUCUCUUGGUCGGUGAGUAGAGACUAUCAUGAUAUCGCGAGUCAACUUUUGUGUAUCGAUGGCAUUGCGAGCUACCUCAAUAGAGGAGACAGGUCCUUCGACAAGUUGUUGCUUCCGGCUGCCAGGGAUCAAAACACGAUCUUGAUGAGACUCUUACUUGAGAAUGGUGCAAAUCCAGAUAUUACUAAUGAUCACAAAGACACUCCGCUUCAUUUUGCUGCAAAGCACAACAACAAGGCGGCCAUUAUCAUGCUUGUCCAAUAUCAGUCUGAUGUGAACCGUCUAGGGUCGGCAGGUAACACACCCUUGAUGUGGGCGAUUGAGCACGAUGAUAUAGACAUGAUCAAGGUUUACCUCGAUUUGCCGCUCUUAAACCUUAACAAGCAGUGUUUUUGGGGGGAGACAGCCCUCCAUAAAGCCUUGUCAAAAGGUAAACCCAAGGUAGCUGAGUUACUGCUAACAUGGAAGAGUGGCUAUCUAGAAGAACACAAAGACACUCAUGGGAGGACGCCGCUGAUGUUGUGCCUCGCCAAAAUGGCCGGUCUCAAGGAUAUGACUGCUUACAUGCCCACCUUCAAGGAGCUGCUGAUUGCCAAAGGUGUCGAUCUGCAAACUUUCAGCAAAGAAUAUGAGACCGUCUUUAAGGAUGUACUCAAGGAAUAUGACACGGGUUUCUGGCAAGAGCUGCUGGAACAGAUGGAUUCAUAA